GGCCUGGAAUGAAGAAGGAGAGCAAGAGGAGCGCGCACCGCCUUCGUUUCGCCUUCCUGCCCGCGUUUGGGCCGCGCCAGGCUCCGGCGGACGAGCGCGAUGGCUCCCAGCGGCUGAGGCCGUGGGAAAGCUGCGGAAGGAGCGGAUCCAAAGCCGGGGAAGGGCUUGGGGAGGCGCCGAGGGGCCGGGGGCGGGCAGAGCCCGGGCGAGCAGAGCCCAACGCGGCUCCCUGGAGGAGCCCAUGGGGCUGGGGGCCUGGCUGCGCUCGCUGGGCGGCUGCUGCGGCUGCUGCGGAGGGGAGGCGGCGGCCCCCGAGAAGGAGCCGCUGCUCAGCAACAACAAUCCGUAUGCCUCCUUCGGAGCCACACUGGCGCGGGACGAGGAGCAGAACCUGUGGAGCACCCCGCACGACGUGACCCACACGGAGGCGGACGACGACCGGGUGCUGUACAACAUGAUCGUGGGCAGGAGCCAGCUGGACAAGGACUCCGAGGAAUGGCAGAAGCUCAACUAUGAUAUCUAUACCUUACGGCAAACCCGGAAAGAAGUGAGAAGCAGGUGGAAACACAUUUUGGAGGAUUUAGGUUUCCAGAAGGAAGCAGACUCCCUCCUGUCCGUGACCAAACUCAGCAUCAUCAGCGACUCUCAGAACAUGGGCAAAGCCCGGGACAUCCUGCUAAAGCUGUCUGAAGAGACAAACAUCUUCCCGACCAGCUGGCAACUCUCUGAGCGCUACCUCUUUGUGGUGGACCGGCUCAUAGCUCUGGACGCUGCGGAUGAGUUCUUCAAGAUGGCCAGCGUGGUGUACCCAAAGACAGCUGGCGUGGAAAAGGUGGAUGAAAAGCAGGUCUCCGCCGGGAUGCCCUGAGGAGCACGCCUCACUGGUGCUACAGCGGGAUUCCCUCCCCUGGGACCAGGUUCCCCUGCCAAGGGCUUGUAGCACAAGUAGUGCCCUUCCUUGUUUCCCUGCUGAGAAGCGAGUGGGCUGCCCAGAGCAGAGCUGAGAGCCAGGGGUGCUCCAUGGGGAGGGUAUGGGAAAAGGGCUGGUGGACCCCAAGGUGCUCCAGGAGAAGGGAGCAGGAGCUGCUGCAGCGUUGUCCUGGUGGGGGGCCACCAGCUGGUAGGCAUGGGGGGAAUUGCUGCUCCCAGUAGCUGAAAAAGGUGGGACGUCUCCGGUGAGGAGAGCCACGUUGCUCCCUUCAUGCUAUCAGCCACCUCCCUCAGCCCUCCCAUCCAGGAGAACCAGCGAGGAAGGGAAAAUACCUCGGU